UUACAAGGCAGACAUCCACACCCUCAUAAAUAACCCCAUGCACUGCCACACUUACCCAUGAAAACAAAUCAACCUAAGAUCGAGCACACCCCACCCCAUCCUCUUUCCAGCAUUACAACCGAAAAGCUCCGCAAAGCCGCCUCAGUCCCCACCACCACAGCUUCAUUGAAUGCAUUCCCCGCAGGACCGUAUCACAACACCUCCACUUCUGUUCCCAAUCUAUAGGGUGGCGUAACAACAGCAUUCCACCAGUUUAGAUACAAGAAAAAUACAGAGAGAGAGAGAGAGAGAGAGAGAGAGAGGAGGGCGUAGAUUUAGCUCCAUACACCAUUGCCUCUUCUCUGCCUUUCCUCUCCCACCCUCUCUCUAUCUUUCUUUCUCUCUUUCUUACUCUUCUUCCGAGGAAGCUCUCUCUUCCUCCUCUUCUGUUCUAGAGCAGGGCGCCAUUGCAACGGAAAGGAGGAGAAGAGGAGAAAGAGAGAAAUCCAAUUCUAAGGCAGCCAGGUCGGUAAAGCUUGGAUCUUUUUGGGUUUUUUGUUGAAUUUUCUCUUGUCUCGUUGCGAAAAAUUGCAUCUUUUUGAUAGAUAAAGAAGAACUCCCUUUUGUUCCAUCUCCAUUGGGUGCAUAAGACGACAUUCGUCGCACGUUCUCUCCUGAAGCCUGCCAUCGUCUUUUGUUCUUCCUUUAUAGACUCAGCUCCUUGAUGGUGAGAUGCCCGUAGCUGAAUUCUCUCGCCCCAUUCCAUCGAAAUCCACUCCCAAAAUCCAAUCUUUUCGAUCCCUUCUUCUCGCUGGAGAAUGGGUUCCUUCUCCUUCCUCAGCUCUUUCCGGGACCUCCCAUUGCCGGAGCAGGUGGCGGCCGCCACCCACGCGGCGCUGGUCGUCUUCUUCCUGUUCUAUGCCUCUGCUCGCCCGGUUUUCACCUGCGCCCUCCGGCGUUUCCCGGCGUUCAAGGAUGAGAACGGGAACCCAGUCCCUGUGCCGGAUUCCGAUGGCGAUCGGUCGGUGGUGAUUGGGUAUUGGUUCAAGAUCUUGGUUUCCUGCUGCUUCUAUGUUCUCUUCCUUCAAGCUCUAGUCUUGGGGUAUGAAACAGUACGCUUUGUUAGGACAGAGGUGGACUCAGCUGAUUAUUCUGUGUUUUACCUGCCUUCUGUUCAAGCAUUGUCUUGGCUUGUCUUAGGCUUAUCGGCGUUCCAUUGUAAAUUUAAGGCAUUGGUGAAAUUCCCUUUCUUGCUUAGGCUAUGGUGGUUCCUAUCAUUCAUCCUCUGUCUUUACAUUGCUUAUGUCGAUACGAAAGGGUUGGUAGGCGAAUUCUUUAGCCUAAAUUCACACAUGAUUGCAAAUUAUGCCGCUUUUCCUGCUCUUGCAUUCCUUUGCCUUGUCUCGAUUCGUGGUGUUACGGGUGUAGAAUUGCAUAGAGACCGUCAGGACCUUAGCGAGCCAUUGCUUGCAGAGGAAGAGGAAGCAGGCUCCCUUAAGGUCACUCCUUACAGCGAGGCAGGGAUAUUUAGCCUUGUAACCAUAUCCUGGAUCAGUCCUCUCUUGUCAAUUGGUGUGAAAAGGCCCCUUGAGCUAAGGGACAUACCUCUGUUAGCCCCGAAAGAUCGUGCAAAGACUUGUUAUAAGAUCUUGAAUUCAAAUUGGGAGAGGUUGAAAGCUGAGAACCCCACGAAACAGCCCUCGUUGUCAUUAGCAAUUUUCCAGUCAUUUUGGAAAGAAGCUGCUUUGAAUGCUGUCUUUGCUGGGUUGAACACUCUGGUUUCUUAUGUGGGUCCCUAUUUGAUCAGUUAUUUCGUUGAUUACUUGAGCGGCAAUAUGACUUUUCCUCAUGAGGGUUACAUUCUGGCAUCCAUUUUUUUUGCUUCUAAGUUGAUAGAGACUCUUACUACUCGGCAGUGGUAUUUAGGAGUAGAUAUAUUGGGCAUGCAUGUUAGAUCAGCCUUAACAGCAAUGGUGUAUAGGAAAGGGCUCAGGCUAUCCAGCGUAGCCCGACAGAGUCAUACAAGCGGUGAGAUAGUGAAUUACAUGGCAGUCGAUGUGCAGAGGGUGGGUGAUUAUUCAUGGUACCUCCAUGAUAUUUGGAUGCUUCCUUUACAAAUCAUUCUUGCUUUGGCUAUCCUGUAUAAGAAUGUGGGUAUUGCAACUAUAGCAACAUUAAUUGCUACUAUCAUUUCCAUUGUUGUUACCAUUCCUCUGGCAAAGGUGCAAGAGGGAUACCAGGAUAACCUAAUGGCUGCCAAGGAUGAGCGUAUGAGGAAAACCUCUGAAUGUUUGAAAAACAUGAGAAUCCUGAAAUUGCAGGCCUGGGAGGAUCGAUACCGAUUAAUGUUGGAGGAAAUGAGGAGUGUGGAAAUGAAGUGGCUCGGGAAAGCCCUCUAUUCUCAGGCUGUGAUAACAUUUAUCUUUUGGGGUUCCCCUAUUUUUGUGGCAGUCAUAACUUUUGCUACUUCUAUAUUGUUGGGUGAUCAGCUUACAGCUGGCAGUGUCCUUUCAGCUUUAGCCACUUUCAGAAUUCUUCAAGAGCCUCUUAGAAAUUUUCCAGAUUUAGUAUCUAUGAUGGCUCAGACAAAAGUUUCUCUGGACCGGAUAUCCGGGUUCUUACAAGAGGAAGAGUUGCAUGAAGAUGCCACCACAGUUGUUCCCCAAGGCCUUACGAACAACGCUAUUGAAAUUAAAGAUGGAGAGUUUUGUUGGGACCCUUCUUCUUCAAGACCUACACUCUCAGACAUUGAGCUAAAAGUGGAAAGGGGCAUGCGUGUAGCAGUCUGUGGUGUGGUUGGAUCUGGCAAGUCUAGCUUUCUAUCUUCCAUACUAGGGGAGAUACCAAAAAUUUCUGGUGAAGUUAAGAUAAGUGGCUCUGCAGCUUAUGUCCCUCAGUCAGCUUGGAUACAAUCUGGAAAUAUAGAGGAAAACAUUCUUUUUGGCAGCCCAAUAGAUAAGCAAAGGUACAAGAAUGUUCUCCAUGCAUGCUCACUGAAAAAGGAUUUGGAAUUGUUAUUGCAUGGGGAUCAAACCAUCAUCGGUGAUAGAGGUAUUAAUUUGAGUGGUGGUCAGAAGCAAAGGGUGCAGCUCGCUAGAGCACUCUAUCAAGAUGCUGAUAUUUAUUUACUCGAUGAUCCCUUCAGUGCGGUUGAUGCCCAUACAGGAAGUGAACUAUUUAAGGAAUACAUACUGACUGCGCUAGCUAGCAAGACUGUGAUUUAUGUCACUCAUCAAGUUGAAUUUCUACCAGCUGCUAACAAAAUACUGGUCCUUAAGGAGGGUCGUAUUAUACAGGCUGGAAAAUAUGAAGAUCUUUUGCAAGCUGGAACUGACUUCAAUGCUCUGGUUUCAGCUCACCGUGAAGCAAUUGAAACAAUGGAUAUUUUGGAAGAUUCAGCUGGAACUGUUCGUGCUGGUGUUUCCUCUAUGUUGCAGACAUCAUGUGCGAGUAAUGUUGAUAAUAUGAAAACUGAAACACCAGAAAAUGAACCUCCAUGUGAAAGAAAAGCAAUAAAAGAAAAAAAGAAAGCAAAACGAACAAGAAAAAAACAGCUUGCUCAAGAAGAGGAGAGGGAGAGGGGAAAAGUUAGCUUGAAAGUAUACUUGUCAUAUAUGGCUGCAGCAUAUAAGGGAGUACUGAUACCAUUAAUCAUCCUGGCCCAGACAGCAUUUCAGGUUCUCCAAAUAGCAGGCAAUUGGUGGAUGGCAUGGGCAAAUCCUCAAACUAGUGGAGACAAACCAAAGACAAGUAGCAUGAUUCUUCUAGUUGUUUAUAUGAUCCUUGCAUUUGGCAGUUCAUGGUUUGUGUUUGUUAGAGCUGUUCUUGUAGCUACAUUUGGAUUAGCAGCUGCACAAAAGCUGUUUCUUAGUAUGCUUAGAACUGUUUUUAGAGCACCAAUGUCAUUCUUUGAUUCUACUCCAGCUGGCCGGAUCUUGAAUCGAGUGUCUGUAGAUCAAAGUGUUGUGGAUCUUGAUAUACCUUUCAGACUUGGUGGGUUUGCAGCAACAACAAUACAACUUCUUGGGAUAGUUGGUGUGAUGGCAAAGGUCACUUGGCAAGUUCUGCUUCUGUUUGUCCCCAUGGCUGUUGCUUGCUUAUGGAUGCAGAAAUACUAUAUAGCUUCGUCAAGGGAGCUUGUUCGGAUUGUCAGCAUUCAGAAAUCUCCAGUAAUCCAUCUUUUUGGGGAGACAAUUGCUGGAGCUGCUACUAUUAGAGGCUUUGGUCAAGAAAAACGAUUUAUGAAAAGAAACCUUUAUCUGCUUGAUUGCUUUGCUCGGCCAUUCUUCUGCAGUAUUGCAGCAAUUGAAUGGCUCUGUUUGCGGAUGGAAUUGCUCUCAACUUUUGUAUUUGCCUUCUGCAUGGUUCUCCUUGUGAGCUUCCCACAUGGAACUAUUGAUCCAAGUAUGGCGGGCCUUGCUGUUACAUAUGGACUUAACUUGAAUGCUCGCUUAUCACGGUGGAUAUUGAGCUUUUGUAAACUGGAAAAUAAAAUUAUUUCAAUCGAGCGCAUUCAUCAGUAUUGCCAAAUCCCUAGUGAAGCACCACCUAUCAUUGAUAAUUGUCGUCCUCCAUCUUUAUGGCCAGAAACUGGCAAGAUUGAAAUAAUUGAUCUUAAGGUUCGAUACAAGGAGACCUUACCUAUGGUCCUCCAUGGCAUAACCUGCACAUUUUCUGGUGGGAAAAAGAUCGGGAUCGUUGGGCGCACUGGAAGUGGUAAAUCUACACUUAUACAGGCACUUUUCCGCCUUAUUGAACCUGCAGAAGGGAAAAUCAUUAUUGAUAACAUAGACAUUACCACUAUUGGUCUUCAUGAUCUUCGUGCUCGGCUCAGCAUCAUACCACAAGAUCCCACCUUGUUCGAAGGUACAAUCAGAAUCAAUCUUGACCCUCUUGAAGAGCACUCUGAUCACGAAGUCUGGCAGGCACUUGACAAGUGUCAACUUGGGGAGGUGAUCCGCCAGAAGGUGCAAAAGCUUGACACUCCAGUCUUGGAGAAUGGAGACAAUUGGAGUGUUGGACAGCGCCAACUUGUUUCCUUAGGUAGGGCAUUGCUAAAGCAGGCAAAAAUUCUGGUGCUUGAUGAGGCAACAGCCUCUGUUGACACGGCCACAGAUAAUCUUAUUCAGAAGAUCAUUCGAAGUGAAUUUAAAGGCUGCACAGUCUGCACCAUAGCACACCGCAUUCCAACUGUAAUUGACAGUGACCUGGUUCUGGUUCUUAGUGAUGGUAGAGUUGCAGAAUUUGACAGUCCACAACGGUUGCUGGAGGAUAAGUCAUCGAUGUUUCUGAAGCUAGUAUCGGAGUACUCUGCAAGGUCUAACAGUAUGCCUGAUGCUUGAAAUGAUCCCCGAAAGAAGCGGCAGGUACAGUCUAAAGACACAAAGUAGGCUAGGACACGUAAUCUUCCAGCAGAUGACUCUGCCUUACUGCUUAGAAGCAAAGCAGAGGAAGGGAAGAAAACAUGAAGGCCUCAGGUUGGCUAACCAGCAAAUAGAGGAAGAGGAAAACGAUGAGAAGAUCAUCACAGACAGCGACUCACUUUCUAUUAUUAGGGAAAAGCUGGAGCACAGUUUAAGUAGAUCUUGUAUAAAUAUGUACGAAUUCUAUCGAGUGUUGAUGCAAAAUAAUGAAACAGCCAGAUGCAUGGGCCGCAGUUCUAUUUGAGGUGCAAUAAUAAGGCAUUUUUGAUACAAAACUGGAACUAUUUGCCUUAAUUAUCUUCCUCAAAUAUGAGUAGGAUGGUAUCCUUUGUCUCUGUUUGCCCUGAUCAGAUUGAAAGCUCUUAUAAUGAAAAAUGAUAAUAUUCAUCAGUGA